CUCCGGCAGCAACAACAGCGAUGGGUUCCUCUGGGCGGCCGAUCUCGCAGGAAGCGUUCGACGCGCUGGUGGCCGAGAACAUCUCCGAUCUCUUCAUGGAUCCCGAAGAGGCCCUCGAAGAUGCCGUCCAAACCCUCACUCUCCAGGGUGUCCAUCUCUCCGGGAUCGUGAAGUGCGUUCCUGGAGUAAAUCGCGUGGAAGACAAUCCCGUGAUGCGAUCCUUGGGUGGUUUAAAGAAGAUGUCAGGCCGGUUGGAGUGUUCGGUGUUGGAAAGUUCGGAUAUUGAUGAGAUGGUGGAAUUUUUCGAUGAGAUUUGUAGGUUGUGCUCAUCUGGAGCUGAUAAUGCGUCGAUUUUGAUGAAGAAUGGAGGGAUUGAGUUGUUGGUUUCGUUUUGUGGUGCUUGCUGUAGGGAGGACCGUGACACUUGCCAUGAUGGAUCUGAGAGAAUUCUGAUUUCUGCAUUACGGGCAAUGAGUUCUGUUCUUCGUGAUUUUCAAAGUAGAGAAGCAUUCUGGCGUGGUGAUGGUCCUAAAAUUACAAUGGACAUUCUAAGGAGCAGCGAUGACCCCAACCUGCUGGAUUGUGGGUUCUCUGUUGUUGUGGCUGCUGCAACUGGUAAUGAAAUAGUCAAGGAGGCGUUUGUGGAACUUACAAUUGAAGAAUUAUUCUUAGAUAUUUUGAGGGGACAACCUAAAGGUGCUGUACCAAACUUAUAUGAUGCUAUACGUGUCCUUCUCACUCCUGAUGAUAACCGUGUAGCGGCUUCCCAGGUCUAUGGAUAUGCUCGAAGAUUUGCUAAAAUUGGAAUUGCUGAUGCUCUUCUGGAUGCUUUUCAUGAAGGGAUUGGUUCUUCUGGUUUGCUUUCAUCUUGUAUUGCUUUAAAGGCUAUUGCUGUCAAUGAUGAAAUUUGCAGAUCCAUUUCCUCAAAAGGUGGCAUUGAUGUGAUUCUCCAGUGUAUAGAUGAUAGUAGUGUAUAUAACAACAAGGCCGUGGCUAAAGCUUGUUGUUCUUUGCUCUCUAAGUUAGCAGGAAGCGAUGCAAACAAGAAUGCUAUUGUCCAGAAGAACGGUCUGGAUAGGCUAAUCAAACUAUCAUCCAAAUUCUAUGAUGAUCCAUCUGUCUUACAAGAGAUUAUGUCCAUCAUCAGUGUGCUAUCAUUGAGAUCUCCUGAAAAUGCUUCUCGUGCACUUGAAGCCGGGGCUGGAGAUUUGGCAAUCCAAGCAAUGCAGAAAUUCCCUGCUGCAUAUCAGAUGCAGAGACAAGCUUGUUACAUGAUUCGCAAUCUUGUGGCCAGGAAUCCAGAAAAUAGGACCAUUCUUCUCAGUAAUGGUAUUGAGAAGAUCAUAAGAAGAGUCAAGGGCAGUCACGAGAGCUGCAAAGAAGCUGCAACCGAUGCAUUGAGAGACAUCGGUUUAGAUGAUUACAAUGCAUAAUCAACGCCCCUCGUCCCAGUAUUCUCUGCAUUUCUCAUCAUUUGUUCCUCACUUUACACCAAGCUUGUUGUUUUGCAUCUCGCAGUGUAUUCAUUCAAGCUGGCACUCUUUAAUGUGGAUAUGUUCAUGCUCUUAUUUUUUGGAGAUUGUUUGCUGCUUGUCAGUGAAUUUUGUAGUUUUUAGUAGCAGUGUGUCUAUAUGGAGUUGUUUGAUCUUUGGAAAUCAUUAACUCUCUCAUUGCAUUAUAAAUCUUUGAGAUUGUUGCAGGCUAAGGUUUCUUGUGAACAAAAUAUUUUCCUUCUCUUAGAAUGAA